AGGCAAAGUGAAGGCAAGGAUUGUCGUUCUCAAAAGUCUCAACGUGUUAACCCCUCCCCGGCAGCAAUCACCUUUUUCUUUUUGAAUCUAGAAUGCAUGUCACUACACGAGAACAGGAUUUACUGCCGCUACUGUAAUCGUCGCACUGGCGGAGGGCAGUUAUGUGUGUCGCUUUCUCUAGAGUUCACGGAUACAUCUGUCCAACAUCCAUCCGGAUUCCUCGACUGUGGUUCAGCUGAUUGGCGGAGACAUGGGGUCCGAGGCGGUGAAGGUGGUGGUCCGCUGCAGACCGCUGAACGGCCGGGAGAAGGCUCUCGGCUGCAGGAUGGUGCUGUCCAUGGACGUCCGCCACGGCCAGUGCUUCAUCCAGAAGCCCGGGGCCACCGACGAGCCCGCGAAACAGUUUACUUUUGACGGCGCCUACUUCAUGGAGCAAACCACCGAGGAGAUGUACAACGAAAUUGCCUAUCCGUUGGUUGAGGGGGUGACAGAGGGCUACAACGGGACCAUCUUCGCCUACGGCCAGACGGGCAGUGGGAAGUCCUUCACCAUGCAGGGGGUGCCGGAGCCAGCCGCCCAGAAGGGGGUCAUUCCCCGCGCCUUUGACCACAUCUUCGAGAGCAUUCAGUGUGCAGAAAAUGCCAAAUUCUUAGUGAGGGCGUCAUACCUGGAGAUCUACAACGAGGAGGUCAGAGACCUGCUGGGCAGCGACCCCAAGCAGAGAAUGGAGCUGAAGGAGCACCCGGACCGGGGCGUGUACGUGCGGGAGCUGUCCCUGCACGCGGUGCACAGCGUGGGGGAGUGUGAGCGGCUGAUGGAGCGCGGCUGGAGGGGCCGAUCCACGGCCUACACCCUGAUGAACAAGGACUCCUCCCGCUCACACUCCAUCUUCACCAUCCACCUGGAGGUCUGCGGCACGGAAGAGGGCGGCGUGGACCGGCUACGGGCGGGGAAGCUGAACCUGGUCGACCUCGCGGGCAGCGAGCGCCAGUCCAAGACGGGCGCCACCGGGGAGCGUCUGCGCGAGGCGGCCAAGAUCAACCUGUCGCUGUCGGCGCUGGGCAACGUGAUCUCGGCGCUGGUGGACGGGCGCUCGCGCCACGUGCCGUACCGCGACUCCAAGCUGACCCGGCUGCUGCAGGACUCGCUGGGGGGCAACACCUGCACCCUCAUGGUGGCCUGCCUGUCGCCCGCCGACGACAGCUACGAGGAGAGCCUGAGCACCCUGCGCUACGCCCACCGCGCCAAGAGCAUCCAGAACCGCCCGCGUGUCAACCAGGACCCCAAGGACGCCCUGCUGCGGCAGUACCGCCAGGAGAUCCAGACCCUGAGGGAGCUGCUGGCCGGCGGGGGACCGCGGGACCCGCUCCCCCCCGCUGGGCUGUCUGGUCGGCUGUCUGAAGGCUCUGAUGCUGAGCAAGAGAGGCCCCACUCCAGUACUCUAGGCUCCAGCACUCUAGGCUCCAGCACUCUAGGCUCCAGCACUCUAGAAUCCAGCACUCUAGGCUCCAGCACUCUAGGCUCCAGCACUCUAGGCUCCAGCACUCUAGGCUCCAGGGCUGCAGACUCCAGGACAACAGAGGCAGAGAAGGAGAAGAUUAAACAGGAGUACGAGGAGAAGCUGAGCCGCCUGCAGGCCGAGUACAGCGCAGAGCAGCGGUCCAGAGCCCUCCUCCUGGAGGACAUGGCUGCCCUCCGGCGGGCCUAUGACGGCCAGCUGGCUCGCCUGGAGCAGAGCGCUGGCAGCAGGGGGCGCUGUGGGCCAACGCUCGAAAGCGCCCCGCCGAUGAGCCAGGCACAGGAACUACCUGCUGCUAGGUCCUCCUCCAAGCAGGAAGUACAACGGAGGAGUCCAGCGCCCGAGGUCCAUGGAGAGGGAGGGGCAUGUGGAGACCUUCCUGCCCCCCGACCAGGACCUGGACCAGGACCACUGGACCAAAGACACGCCCUCGAGCGGCUGCAGCAGCUGGAGCAGCAGGUGGUGGGGGGGGAGCAGGCCAUGAACCCAGAGCUGCGGCAGCGGCAGCGGCAGAGGAAGAGGCUGGCCGACCAGAGGAAGCUGCAGCUCAUCACGGCGCUGAGGGAGGGCGGCGAGGAGGGGGACAGCGUCAUGCUGCGGGUCUACGACUCCAUCCAGGACGAGCUGCACGCCAAGGGCCAGCUGCUCACCCGCAUCCAGGCCAAGUUUAAAGCCGCCAAGCUGGAGAUCCGAGACCUGCAGGCGGAGUUCGAGGUGGAGAGGAACGACUACCUGGCCACCGUCCGCCGGCUGGAGCGGGAGGCGCUGCUGCACAACGGACUGCUGCAGCGCAUGGCGCCCCUGGUGCGCAGGGACUGCAACUACAACAACCUGGACGCCCUGCAGCGGGAGGCCUGCUGGGACGAGGACAGCGCCACCUGGAGGCUGCCGGACGUCGUGGUGCAGAAGACCUCCCUGCCUUCAGCUGUGCCCCCCCCUCCCCAGAGGACCAAGGCCCGGCGCGUCUCAGCAGCAGACGCAAGGGAGGACUACAUGGGGGAGGAGGACCGGUACAAGGCCUUGCUGAACCGCAGCAACAGUGAGAACAUCGCCACCAACUAUUUCAGGUCCACCAGAGCCAGCCAGCUGCUGGGGGGAGAGCCCUGCAAGGCUCUGGCCGCCCACUCUUCCCCCCCAGCCGGCCGCAUGGGGCCCCCGACCGGCAGCAGUGACAGCGGCCCAGUGGGGGGGGCCGACACCGGCCCCCCCAGGCCCUUCAGGCUGGAGUCCCUGGAGGCCCCUGGCCCCAACGGCAGCCGGGCCCGGAGGAAGAAGAGCAGAACGCACCUCCCCUUCGACGGGAACUUAGAGUAGGGCCCUCGUCCCGGGUCCGGGUCCCGGGUGCGCUACCGGGCCCUGGACCCGAGGGGGCUCCCGGGCCCUUGACCCGGGGGGGUGGGGGGGCUACCGGGGAGGUCCUGGGCCGUAAUGGAACCAGCCUGAGACCCCCGGCACCUGAUGGUGUGUGAUGCUUGUUUGUAAUUGAACUGAUGAUAAACCAGACUUAUACACUGAGGACCUCACAGCCCGGGAUCUAGAGGGCUGUGGUACCAGACUCUGAUCUAGAGGGCUGUGGUACCAGACUCUGAUCUAGAGGGCUGUGGUACCAGACUCUGAUCUAGAGGGCUGUGGUACCAGACUCUGAUCGAGAGGGCUGUGGUACCAGACUCUGAUCUAGAGGGCUGUGGUACCAGACUCUGAUCUAGAGGGCUGUGGUACCAGACUCUGAUCUAGAGGGCUGUGGUACCAGACUCUGAUCUAGAGGGCUGUGGUACCCGACUCUGAUCUAGAGGGCUGUGGUACCAGACUCUGAUCUAGAGGGCUGUGGUACCAGACUCUGAUCUAGAGGGCUGUGGUACCAGACUCUGUUCUAAAGGGCUGUGGUAUGACAGACUGACACACGUUCUACAUGUGAGGGUCAUGUGAUGACGCUGAACUCCUACAGUUGUUCAGUGGAUUUGCCCUCCCUCUGUGAUGCCUGCAGAGUAUACCCCAUGGGUGGUUAUUACUGAAGAGCCCGUUGACCCCGUCUCCUCUGGGGUCAACGUGGUGUCAGACCCGUGUACCCCGCCCCCCCCCCCCCCCUGGAGGGAGACGUGUUGAGAGGUGGUGAGGGAGGCGGUGUGGCGUGCGCUGUCUUGUUUCCUGUCCGGUACGGUCGGCGCAGGUGCCUUUGGGGUCCUGGACCGGUCAGGCUGAUACAGGCUCUAUAGACGCUGUUGUUGCUGUUCGUAAAUAUAAAGUCCAGACUUUAGCGCCUAUAUUCAUGCACAUGUAAACAUUGGGUCAUUUAGAAAACGCUUUUGAUCAAAUGCAGUAAUCUAUUAUUAAGGCCCGACUAGGGGCGGGCCUGUUGAUUCAGGGUCGUACCGGUGGACUACAGACAACCGAGAACGUUCCUUUAUGUUACAGCAUGUAACCAUGCUGUUAGGCAUCUAACCCUAACAGCAUCUAACCCUAACAGCAUCUAACCCUUAACAGCAUCUAACCCUUACAGCAUGUCAUGUUAGAUUAUGGAGGGAGAUGGCUCAGGGUGGAGGCUGAGUAGGGGCUGAAUAGGGGCUGAGUAGCCAGAGACCUGUUCUACUCCGGCUGUGGGUUGGGUGAUACUGUACUGAGUGAUGUUUUUGUUGCCGUGGAUACCAACAGUAACUCUGGUUACUUCCACAUCUACAAAGAUGGGUCAGGCCAAUUGGAGUGUCCUUAUCUAACCCGUCUGUGUCCUUAUCUAACCCGUCUGUAUGGGAGUGAGUGACUUUGAUGCGAUGCGACAUGAAUUCAGGAACAGAGGGGAGAGGUCAAAGCAUGUGUAUAAAAUUAGUUAAACAAACAAAGGUUACAAUCGUUGUGAUCCAGAUGACCGAUAGUGGCCCGUACCUGUCUCACCCCCCUCCCCAGUCCAGUGACCCCUAACCCUAACCCUAACCCUAUCCAGAUAACCGAUAGUGGCCCGUACCUGUCUAACCCCCCUCCCCAGUCCAGAUGACCGAUAGUGGCCCGUACCUGUCUCACCCCCCUCCCCAGUCCAGAUGACCGAUAGUGGCCCGUACCUGUCUAACCCCCCUCCCCAGUCCAGAUGACCGAUAGUGGCCCGUACCUGUCUGUCUAACCCUAACCCUCCCCAGUCCAGAUGACCGAUAGUGGCCCGUACCUGUCUGUCUAACCCUAACCCUCCCCAGUCCAGAUGACCGAUAGUGGCCCGUACCUGUCUGUCUCACCCCCCUCCCCAGUCCAGAUGACCGAUAGUGGCCCGUACCUGUCUCACCCCCCUCCCCAGUCCAGAUGACCGAUAGUGGCCCGUACCUGUCUCACCCUAACCCUCCCCAGUGAAUCCUUGCCCCUGCUCCCUGUCUGCGUCGGUCGUGUUUCUCGGCGGCUGUGGCCUGAUUUCCCGGCUCAUUGUUCACUACGACAGUCCAGCAGCGAGGACCUGGUGUCGGUUUCAAAACAUGACACCCCUUGGUUACGAAGGACAAUGCCCUUCACCACGCGGCCAGCCAGCAGAUCGUUCUCCGCCCCUAAUCCAGGCCGGCACGCCAACUCAAGAAUUCCCGACAGGCUAAUUACAUAAGCUAAUCACCGUUCCUUUAGACGUGGUCGACGGGAGACCUAGAUCCCUAGCAUCUCCAGCGACCCACGCCAAAGGGGGGGGGUAGAAAUGGAAGAAGGCGUGGCUAGGUAGGCUGCGGCUCCAAGCUGGGGAUAACAGCGGACAGCGGGGAGGGACUACUCACUGGGAGCUGGGUGUAAUGUGGGGAAGCUGAACAGCACUGCAGUCAGGAAGCCCUGAAGGAAUUAAAGCACUUCAGGCUAAUCCCACCAGAGGCCUUUAGGAGAUGGAGUUUGGGAAUAAAGCAGCCAUUUGUUGGGCAGACAUGGUCAGGUUUCAGGCGAUGAGCCGAGAGAAGCUGUAGCGAGACAAAGAGGUUUAUCAAAAGGAGAUCUAACCUACGAGAUCUUUAGCUCGGUAGAGAGCUCAGGGUCUGCAUUUAUCUGUUUUGUAUGUUGAUUUUUUGAUGUUUGGAGGGGAUUUUUUCCCCCACAUUUUGGGUUUUUUAAAUGUAAAAUGUUUAUUUCCUUUUAUACAGUGUUUGUUUGGAUAUUUUCUCCUUCCCUAUUGCUUAGUUUACACCGGGCAUUCCACCAGGGCUUGGGCAGACCAAAAUAAAAAAGGUGACUAAGA